CUUGGAAGUAGCACCCACCUCAGUCAGUUCUGUGUCGUUUCAUGGGUGAAACGCAGACUUCUGAGUUUAGACUCUGCUGAAUGACUGACUGAUUGAUUAAGGGUUCUCUGGCGUCGUAAAGAAUGCUCGUGAAAGGAUGUGUCUGGAAAUUCAACGGACUCUGUAGAGGCGAAAUUGAAACGAAAGUAACAAAGUGAAGUGACUGGAAACUCGCUGCCAGUGUCUUUAUGAAAAGUCAUUCAGCAGAAGCCAUUCAACGUCGUCGUCGAUGUACAAUCUCGUUAACUGAAAAGUAUCAUCGCUCUGCUCUGCAUUCACGAUUGCAAAAAUGACAAGGUCAGUGAAACAGAAUGUGAUCUUCGUUUAUUCUUUCAUGUUAGUUUUCAUUUCAAGAGCUAACUGUGGCUUGGUAAGUCCAAAGACUUCAACAUUUGCCCAAAUCGACCAAAGGCCCCCUUACUUAAUUUCUUCGGAUAGCAAAGGCACAUCUAACCAGGUGGAGAAUGACAGCUUUCCAGGGAUAUACCUUGAGGAGGCCCAGUUUAUUAAUAACAAUAUUCCAUCAUAUGAUUAUUCUCGCACCAAAGCAAACCUAGAUAUGAGAAAUACAAAUCAAGGCUUAAGACGCACCACAUUUCCAGACGUCCAAACAACAACUGCUCCAAGUUUUUUAAAAAUAACAAUUCCAUAUCUUAAAAAAUCUCUCAUUCCAAGCUUCGAAAAGAUCAUUCCAAAUCUGGAGGGGACUAUAAUUUCAAGCGUUGAAAAUACAAUAGUCCCAGAUUUUGAAAAGACAAUCCAGAAUCUUGAAAAGGCAAUCAUUCCAGAUCUUGAGAAGACUUUCAUUCCGAAUGUUGUCAAGACCAUAUUUCCAGCUCCUGGAGCAAAGGCGGUUCCGGAUCUUAAAAAGACUAUCAUUCCCGGCUUAGAAAAGAUCAUUCCAGACCUUGAGGAAACUAUAGUUUCAACUGUUGAGAAGACUAUAGUUCCGGAUGUUGAAAAAACAAUCCACGACCUUGAAAAGAAUUUAAUUCCAAAUCUCAAUCAGAAUUUAUUUCCAGAUAUUCCAGGCCAUGGAGGGAGGGCAAUGCCAUAUCUUAAAGAAACUAUCAUGUCAAGUUUGGAGAAGAUUGUUGCAAAUAAUGAAGGAACCACAGUGCUAAGUAAUGGAACAGUGGCAGUUCAAGGAGAUAUGGCAGACGAAGGAAGCACAGUGCAGAAUAAUGGAAUAGUGGCCGUUCAAGGAUAUAUGGCAGACGAAGGAAGCACAGUGCAGAAUAACGAAAUAAUGGCAACUCAAGGAGAUACUGCAAACGAUUAUUUCGCUUAUGCCUCAAAGGAGUUGGACAAUCCACUUAGAAUUAAGAGAGAUAUUCCCAACGACAAUAGGAGGCAAUCUCUCGAAGUAAUUCAAGUAUACCCAAAGAGUUCGAAUGACAGUGAAAUUAGCAGAAGUGAAUUGAAAACCCAGGACGAUUUUAACUUCGGAGAACCGACUGAUGCCGGCGGUUCCUUUCCACUGACGACUGACGACGCCACGACCUUUGCAACCACGUCACUUACGACCCUCCGGACUGCGCGUCCACCAGACCACAGGAUCUCCAAGAAGGAUUCGGGCUACGGCCAAGCGGCCAGCUCGACAUUCAGCAUCCUCAACUUCCUCCUGGUGGUCUUCAACGCCAUCAUCAACGUCGUCAACAACAUCAACAACAACAACAACAAUAAUAACAAUAACAACAACAAUAACAAUAACAACAACAACAACAAUAACCAGAACAACAACGUGAUCAUGAACGGAGGAGGGGGAGGAGGAGGUGGUGGGGGGAUGGGUAGGAGCGCAAGACUAGACGUCAGAGAGCUCAGUACCUCUUCUGAGAACCUCAGAGCCAGACGAUUUAUUUAUCAUUAGAAUCUAAAGAAAUAAUCAUUCAGGUGCACUAAGAAGGAUGACUGACCAGGCAAUGGCUUAGGGCCGCGACCUUCAUCACCAUUAUAAUGAAAAGUUCACACAUCUCAGCUCGGAAAGAUAAUUAUCAAGUGCCUCAAUAUGUCAGCCAGAGACUGCCAGCCAUUCCUGAUUAUCCUCCGUCUCAAGAUGUAUCCAGAAUCCCUCUAGGUGGUCUAGGUGCCUUCAAAGUUUUCAGUUCAUUCCCUGGACAUGAUUUUGGUCUAUCAGCUCAAAAUGGAUUUAUGGAACCUGUAAAGCCCCAACUAGAGGAUGAUUCAAGUCAGGAUGCCUCUGUGAGUUAUGGAAAUCCUUCAGUUUCUCUGAUUAAAUAUACAUCACAUGAGGAUUUGAACUUGACUUCUUUGGAAGAGAGUCCUCGUAAGGAGGAUGUUAUCAAGAGCAGAAAACCUUCAAUUUCUACACACAAAAAUUCGACAUUGGAAAGUCUGAACAAAACUCCGAGUGUAAAGGAUGCUGACUCAAGAACGGGUCCUCCCUUGUCAAAAGUUUUAGGCGUAGCAGCUGACGUCACUGUGACGCUCUUGGGCGCCAUCCAGGAGAAGCGUCACAAGGAUGAGAACGCAGUCACGGGUCGUGUCUUUCCUCUGUUCGGGUUUCUCUCUUUCCUCAUGCUCCUUCUAAACAGCAUUCUCCUCAUCAUACAGAAUAUCAACAUCAACAACAACAAUAACAACAACAACAACAACAACAAUGAUAACAAUAACAACAACAACAAUAACAACAACAACGAUAAUGGACGUAGUAUUAGGCCUAAUUCGAGUCUCGAUUCCUUGCCCUUCUUCGAUUUCGAUUUAGACUCAUUGACGAAGGUCCGAGAUAAUUCAAAGUGGCUGUUGCAACUUGGAAGGUAACAUUGAUUAAGGGGUUUUUAGUUUAUUGCGCAUCUAUUUCAGUUACUGGAAACCUGUUGAUUUAAGAUAGAUCCGUUAUAGUACGUAGUUGCUAUAAAUUAUGGUAAAUUUCACAGUGGCAUUGCACCCAUAAAUUAUAAUUUUCAUCACAUGUGUCAAGGAAACCUACAGAUUUCAAAGAAUAUUUAAUUAUAUUUAGAGAUAUGUUUAGGGAAAGGAAAUCUAUAGAUUUCGCAGAAUAUUUAAUUAUAUUUUAGAUCUGUAUAUAGCUAAUUAUCACGAGAGUUCUUGGGUCGUUACUAUAAGCUAGGCCUAUGAGUACAUACAGCUAGGUAUGGAAGGUCAACUGUUAAGUGUCUGGGAAUGAAAAGGCGGAAAGCAUCAUCACCUUCCUUGGUCGGUCGUUUAAUUUAUUUUUGAACUCUGGAACUCGCUGCCUUACAUCCUGACAUGAGGGUUUGUCGUCCAGGAGGAAUAAUAUAUGAACAAUGUUUUGUUUCUCUCUUGGUAUCUUUUUCUUCACACGGAAUGGGUACGGUUUGGUUGAGGUGUCUUUCCUGUCAGUGUCCAAAGGCGAUACUUUAAAUAUUUACUUUUUCCUAUAGGUGAGUAUGUAUAUUUUCCAUAAACACGUACAUACACACACAUAUAUUAUAUAUA